AUGGAACCUUCCUACUCAUAUAAUAUCCUGGACAUCAUAUCACUGAUGACCGAGUGUGAAAUGGUCGAAUCAAAUGACGAUGAGUUGAUCUCGUCAUAUUUUGAAUUAGACCAGGCCUCGGCGCCGUCUCCCAAUAGCCCAGGAGGCUAUUCUGAUGCUGGUACGUUUGAUGACAAUAUUCCAGGGUUCGAACCUAUAAGGAAAAGAGAGAAUGAAUGGAGUGAAUCCGAAUGCGAGCAGGACCUCGAGGAGAACUUCUCUGGUGGUAUGGGUGUCUAUCUAUGGCCGUGGAGUUCGCAAGUAUUCUAUUCAAAAAGACGACCAAUGGAAGAGGUCUACAGUGGCCUGGGGAUCUAUAAACAUAAGUCUCGCAAGGUUGAGAAAUAUCGAGGAGAUAUCCUGCCUAGCAAGCAUUCUGGAAUAGACUGGAAGAAGGAACUUCGCCAAGUCUAUCGGUCCACGUAA